CUGGUGGGAGCCGUAAAGAUUGUAACACUGUAAACAUCACGGAGCUGUCACUCUUUAAAGUAACUGGAAAAAAGCAAACCAGUACUAAGAUGGGAGAGGUGUCUGCAGACGCCAUCACCUUGGAUCUGCUGAGAGACGCCAGGGAGACGGUGAGAAGCAGCCCGCUGGGUGUUAUCAACACUCCCACAAUCCCCUGGUGCCAGACGACCCUGCCUCUCAACGUCCACUGCAACAUCCACAUCAAAUUGGAGAACAUGCAGAGAACUGGGUCGUUUAAGAUCAGAGGAGUGGCCAAUCAGUUUGCCAGGAGACCGAAGGGUGGUCAUUUUGUCACCAUGUCUGCCGGGAACUAUGGGAAGUCUUUUGCAUACGCCUCAAAACACUAUGGGUCAAAGGGGAAGGUGGUGAUGCCGGAAACUGCCCCAGUGUCCAGAUCCAUCCUCAUACAGAGUUUUGGGGUGGAGGUGGAGCGUGUUCCCACCUCCUGUCUGAUGAAUGUGGUGAACCGCUGUGUUCAGGAGGACAAUAUGACCUUCCUGCACUCCUAUGAUGACCUGGAUCUAAUAGCAGGACACGCCAGUCUCGGUAUGGAGGUGCUGGAGGUGAUGCCUGAGCCCGACGUGGUGGUGGUGUGCUGUGGUGGAGGGGGCCUGCUGGCCGGGGCAGCUGCUGCCAUCAAACUGUCAGGCUGUGAUAAGACCAGAAUCUACGGUGUGGAACCAGAGGGAGCCUGUACCAUGUACAAAAGUUUCAUUGAGAAGAAGCCAGUGGGCAUGGACGCCAAGAGCAUCGCCUCAGGACUUGCGCCACCUUUUGCAGGCACACUGCCCUUCGAGCUGUGUCGGCGUUACGUGGAGGGGAUCGUCCUUAUAAACGACGAGGAGAUCAAGGCGGCGGUGUCCACCCUCUACAGGUCUGGACUCGUGGUGGAGCCGUCGGGCUCCGCCGCGUUCGCCGCCAUCAUUAGCAACAAGAUACCCGAGCUGGAGGGGAAGAACGUGGUGUGCAUCCUCAGCGGGGGGAACAUCGGAAAAGACGAGCUUGCCAACUUCCCGGACUGACAAAUAUUCAAGAUUAUACACUACCAGUCAAAAGUUUGGACACACCUUCUCAUUUAAUGGUUUUUCUUUAUUUUCAUGACUAUUUACAUUGUAGAUUCUCAUUGAAGGCAUCAAAACUAUGAAUGAACACAUAUGGAAUUAUGUAGUAAACAAAAAAGUGUGAAAUAACUCUAAAUAUGUUUCAUAUUUUAGAUUCCUCAAAGUAGCCACCCUUUGCUUUGUUGACAGCACUGCAAACCCUUGGCCUUCUCUCAAUGAGCUUCAUGAUGUACUCACCUGAAAUAGUUUUCACUUCACAGGUGUGCCUUGUCAGGUUUCAUCUGUGGAAUUUCUUGCCUUCUUAACGGGGUCAGGACCAUCAGUUGUGUUGUGCAGAAGUCAGGUUGGUACACAGCUGACAGCCCUAUUUGACAACUGUUAGAAUUAGAAUUAUGGCAAGAGCCAAUCAGCUAAGUAAAGAGGAACGACAGUCCAUCAUUACUUUAAGAACUGGAGGUCAGUCAGUCCGGAAAAUUGCAAAAACUUUCAAUGUGUCCCCAAGUGCAGUUGCAAAAACCAUCAAGCGCUACGACGAAACUGGCUCACAUGAGGACCGCCCCAGGAAAGGAAGACCAAGAGUCACCUCUGCUGCUGAGGAUAAGUUCAUCCGAGUCACCAGCCUCAGAAAUCGCAAGUUAACAGCACCUCAGAUUAGAGCCCAGAUGAAUGCCACACAGAGUUCUAGUAGCAGACACAUCUCUACAGCAACUGUUCAGAGGAGACUGCGCAAAUCAGGCCUUUAUGGUCAAAUAGCUGCUAAAUAACCAUUACUAAGGAAAAGCAACAAGCAGAAGAGAUUUGUUUGGGCCAAGAAACACAAGGAAUGGACAUUAGACCAGCGGAACCCGCUGUGUCUUUGUGCGAUGCAGAAAAGGUGAACGGAUGGUCUCUACAUGCAUGGUUCCCACCGUGAAGCAUGGAGGAGGAGGUGUGAUGGUGUGGGGGUGCUUUGCUGGUGACACUGUUAGUGAUUUAUUCAAAACACACUGAACCAGCAUGGCUACCACAGCAUCCUGCAGCAUCAUGCCAUCCCGUCCGGUUUGCGUUUAGUUGGACCAUCAUUUAUUUUUCAACAGGACAAUGACCCCAAACACACCUCCAGGCUGUGUAAGGGCUAUUUGACCAAGAAGGAGAGUGAUCUGGCCUCCACAGUCACCUGACCUAAACCCAAUCGAGAUGGUUUGGGAUGAGAUGGACCACAGAGUGAAGGCAAAAGGGCCAACAAGUGCUCAGCAUCUCUGGGAACUCCUUCAAGACUGUUGGAAAACCAUUUCAGGUGACUACCUCAUGAAGCUCAUCGAGAGAAUGCCAAGAGUGUGCAAAGCAGUAAUCAAAGCAAAGGGUGGCUAUUUUGAAGAAUCUAAAAUAUAAAACAUGUUAUUUCCAAUGUAAAUAGUCAUGAAAAUAAAGAAAAAACAUUGAAUGAGAAGGUGUGUCCAAA